AUGGGCCUUUGCCGAUCCAAGGCAAGACAAGACAAAUAAGAAAUUUCAAAACAACCUACCACAAAAAAGCAAGAAACCUUUGAAGUAGGUCCAGACAAUUUUGCAACACUAAAAUAAGGCUAAGUUACAAGUUAUUAUAGAGUUGAAAAAUCUCUUGGAAAAGGUAAAUGGUCGAAUUAUAAUGUAGGCGCUUAUGGAGAAGUUCGAUUAGUAAUUCAUAAGCAAACAGGAUAAAGAAGAGCUAUGAAGCAAAUAAAGAAAGACAAAAUUGUAAAAGAGGACGAAGAAAACUUAUUAAAUGAAGUCACAAUACUAAAAUAAUUAGAUCAUCCAAAUAUUGUCAAAUUAUACGAAUUGUUCCAAGAUAAAAAUAGUUUCUACUUAAUUACCGAAUAUUUAGAAGGUGGUGAGUUAUUGUAAAGAAUUUCUGAGUAUAAGACAUUUACUGAGAAAAUUGCAGCUGAAUUUCUAAAAUAGAUUCUUUCUGCAGUGAUGUAUUGCCAUGAGAGAAAGAUAGUUCAUCGAGAUCUGAAACCUGAAAAUAUUUUAUUAGAAUCUAUGAAAUAAGACUCAAAUUUAAAAAUUAUAGAUUUUGGAACAUCAAGACGAAUAUAAGAGAAUUAAUUUUUGACAAAGAAAUUAGGAACUCCUUAUUAUAUAGCCCCUGAGGUUUUGAAAAAGAAAUAUAAUGAAAAAUGUGAUGUUUGGUCAUGCGGUGUCAUAUUAUAUUAGAUGUUGAGUGGUUAAUUACCAUUUGAUGGAUAAUCUGAUGAGAUUUUAUUAAAAAUUGAUAUUGGCAAUUACAGUUUUCCAACUGAAAAUUGGAAUGGAAUUUCAGAUUAGGCAAUUAGUUUAAUUAAGAAAAUGUUGGAAAAGGAACCCAGUAAGAGAAUUACAGCAAAAUAGGCAUAUGAAGAUCCAUGGAUUUAAAAUAAUGUUCAUGUGGCCAAAAUUGAUGCUCGAUAACUUAAAAAUUUAUAAUCUUUUUACAGUAAAAAUAAAGUAAGAACAGCUUUAAUGUAAUUCAUUACUACCUAAGUAAUGACAAACUAAGAAAAGGAGGAGUUAAUAACACUAUUUAAGUCUAUUGAUAAAAAUGGAGAUGGAUUAUUGAGUAAAGAAGAGCUGUUAGCUGUAUACAGCCAACAAUAUGAUCCACUGAAAGCAUAAUAGAUGGUUGAAGAAGUAUUUGAGAAAGUUGAUAUCAACAAAACAGGAGCAGUAGAUUUUACUGCUUUUGUGUCUGCAGCAUGUUAAUAAGAGAAAAUGCUGAAUAAGAUUAAACUAGAGCAAACUUUCAAAAUUUUUGAUAUAAAUGGAGAUGGUUAAAUCAGUAAGGAUGAAUUAUAAGAAAUAAUGGGAGGAAUAGAUGAUCAAUUGUGGUAAGAAAUCUUAUAGACAUGUGAUGGAAAUGGAGAUGGUGAAAUCUAAUUCGAUGAAUUUAUUACUUAUCUAGUCUAAAAAUAUUGA